AAAGAUUUUGUAGUUGGAGGAAAACGGCGAUAAUUUUGAUGUUUAUUUCGGCUGUUGCGUUGUUAAUAUUACCGUUGAAGUUUAAAGUUGACCAUCAUCGUGAAGAAUUAUAUCUUCUGUGUCGAUGGACCAAAGGAUUAUGUGAAAAUAUUGGAAAUGGAAUAAAAUACAUGGUGAUUAUGACGACCACUUUCAUCAUGAAUGCCGUGUUAUCAACCGUGAUUCUAUCCGUAUGCAUUUGCUCAGAGAUACAUAUGAAUUUCAUAACAACCAAAACAUCCAGGAAUAAAACUAUAAAGUUUUAUCCGCCAGCAAGAAAUUACAGUAAGGGUCCAUAUGCUUCUAUGAAAGAUAUUGAUUCGAUUUAUAGCAAUAACAAAUCACUGCUUGAUGUGGUCCUCGGGAAGAACAAAGAAGAUACAAUAUGUACUUUGAAGUUGAAGAAAUCCUCAAUAAACAAGUUCAGACAUUUUGUUUAUUAUCAGGAAGCAAACUUCGUAUUUUUAGAUCUUGUACAAAGCUCUGGGGCGAAUAUUAAAGGCAGUAAACUUAUUGUUGGUGAAAAUAUUUGGGUAUGGACCUUUUAUGGGAAGGAAGGCGGACUCGAAAUUUUAAAUUGGCCAAUUGAAUUCAGAAUAUGGUCGCUGGGAUUAUUAUCUAAUUACGUCAUUAGUGAUCCGAUGAAAAUGGUUUUAGAACCUGUUUCCGGAAAUUGUUCAAAUUUACAAGUUGGUCAGACAGAAUCAGACUAUGCUAUCAGCAACGCCUUGUCAAAACUUACAGUCGAAAUGUUAGACUUUUCUCAAAAAUAUGGACCCAGCUUUUACUGCUACAAAUCGCGAGUUUACAUCGAGCCCCAUUUCAUUUAUAUGCUUUGCAAACAUAUAAUUUGCCCAAUAGAAGCAGUGAAGUACAGUUGCAAUCAUUACUAUUAUAACACGACUUUGCAAAAGCGAAUAGUGAGUUAUACAGAGGAAGAGUUUAGAUACGAUCCAGUUAACUGGGUGCUUCCAACUUUAGUAUCUAUCAUUUUAUUUGGAUUUUGUCCUGUUUUCAUUCUAUACAUUUUGCAUGCAUUAGCAGACGAAGGCAGAGGUCAUCUAAAAGGAGUAAUACAAAAUGUGGAACAAUUCACCGGAGAAAAUACUAUUUCUACAAUGGAUCGGCUUGUUCUAUUGGACGAUAAUCAUCAUGUGACUUUACUAAAAACUUUAUGUCUACCAAUGAAGACAUGUGGCACAAUUAUGUAUACAAAGGUCUCAAAUUCUUUUCAAAUAAUUUUGAAAAGAUUCUGGAGGAUUUUUUUACCUUGUCUCAGUUUAGGGUUUAUUGGGUUGCAAGUUUUGCUUGAUUACUUUUACUUAAAUUCAUAUGUAAGUACAAGCGUGCAGAAGGGGGUACCAAUGGGAUUCCGGUCCAUGUUAGCCGGUUAUAAGGAAAGUAAGAUUAAUUUCAUGCCCUAUUUAGGCGGACCUUUUGUGGCGGUCGGUGCUUAUGUUCUCAUCACAUGUGUGUUGUUGGUAAUUCCAAACUCCGUAUCGGAUUUUCUCUUGAAGGGUCUUCAACACAAUUACAGUGACGAGACAUAUUCACCUUUAUGUCUACAACUCCGAUCGAUUGAGAUGUAUGGUUCGUUCAGCAUAAGACGAAGACAUGGGUAUUUCAAGAUAUAUAGCGUGCUCCUUGCUCAGUUCUUUAUGCUGAUUAAUAUUAAGUUUUGGAAACAUGUACUAAAUGUUCAAUAUGAUCGUUGGAAGACGUGGUUUUCUUCAAAGGUUUGCCUUCCAUUGAUUCCAGUUUUUGCUAUGGUAUGCAUCAUCGAAAUCGUCCUCUGCAUUGCUUUAUAUGGUUACCCAAUCAAUUCAUUUGCCCUUAUUAUCAUUAAAGCAUACUGUGGAAGGCUUUGGGCUACUGUGGGUAAUGGAAAAAUUUCAUCAAGGAUAGUGAUCUUUUUACUAAGCAUUAUUCUGAUAAUAUCUGUUACGUAUUUUCUUUUUAUGUUUGCUACAAUUUUCUUUGAUGCGUGUCUGUUUAUCACCAGGGUCGUUGUGUUUACAUUUACCGGUAUCGUUGUCUACCCUAAAGUAUCUUACGGUUAUCUCAUUUUCACAUUCACUGUCAUUUACUACAUCUGGCAAAGCAUUCAAGAAUUUUCCUUCGUGUAUCAACGACUUCUUAAGGAUACUGUUAUAACAUGUGAAGCAUUGCAGAGAGCUAACGACACUGAGAAACUUGUUGUAAAAAGUGGUGAUUACAAAGCAAUCAAGGAAUCACUUUUUGAACACGUCAUUGAAAACCAUUCUCCAAGAAGGAUGCAAGUGUUUUUGUCAGUAUUGAAAGUUGGCGUGAUUAUAACCAUCUUAGGACUUUCCAUAAAUACCCUUGCGGAAACUGAUGGAUUCCGUGAACUUCAUGUUGUUAUGCAUGUAGGGACGGCUCUUUUUGUGUGUGCAUUGCCGCAAAUUAUGAAAUCCAUGUGCCGAAGAUAUGGAGAAAAGUUUAAACAGAAAAGAUUUCGGAAAGAGCUGGCCGGUACUAUUGUAAGAUACACUGGAUACUGCUCAACAGAAACAGAGGAGACCGAUAGUGACUAAUUUUACGUUUAUCCAUGUUAAACUUUGAAUUGGAAUGCAUUUCUGUUUAUUUAACGGAUCGGAAAAUUUAAAGAUUGACCAUAUUGAUUCCUAUUAUACGCGGAGUAUGAAAUUGUUGUUAGGCUAAGUACAAGAUAGCUGACUAUGUAGAGUGUAAUUAUACUUAGAGGAUGACAAUGUUGUUUGGCUAAGCCCCCC